ACGUCAACACUAUCCUGAUCGGGAAACCCAAAACGAGUGGUUGAAUCGCUUUCGACUGGUAACAGAGAAACCAUCUCCACAAUCCGGGGCCAAAGUAAAGUAUCAAAAAUCUCUCAUCACAUUUCUUCUCCACUAAUCUCUCUACUAAUUUGUUUCCGCCAACAUUGUUGGGUUUCAAGCGCCAAGUCAUGGCUUCCCUUUCAAUCUCUUCCUCAUCGACCAUCAUCGAUUCAAGAGCUCCUCCUCGACAGGCCUCCGCCUCUUCUCCGUCUUGUAUUUCCCUUCCCACGCUUCCUCCUCCGCCGCUUCAGUCCCAAAGCCGCGCCGCGAAAGCCACCGCUUACUGUCGGAAGAUUGUGAGGAAUGUUGUGACGAAAUCUACAGGUGAUGUUCCCGCCACUACCGAAACUGACACUACAGAGUUACCGGAAAUCGUUAAGACCGCUCAAGAAGCUUGGGACAAAGUGGAGGAUAAGUAUGCAAUUGGUUCUCUUGCAUUUGCUGGCCUUGUGGCUCUUUGGGGAUCCACUGGAAUGAUUUCGGCUAUCGACAGGCUUCCGUUGGUUCCUGGUGUUCUUGAACUUGUAGGCAUUGGUUACACAGGGUGGUUCGCUUACAAGAAUCUGAUCUUCAAACCAGACAGGGAGGUUUUGUUUCAGAAGGUCAAGGACACGUACAAAGACAUAUUAGGGAGCAGCUGAAUCUGUGGAAGAAAAAGAAGAGAGAGCCGUUUUAGGCCGCUCAUGAAUUCGAAUGAAGGAAAUCAAAGAAUCUAACAAAUGCUACACCCUUUCCUUCGAUCUUUCCUUGCGUAACUAAAUAAUUUUCAUCCUCUCUCUUUCUCUCUGUGUGUGUGCUCUUUUUUAGCUCAAAAAUAUCAUCCAUUUAUGUCAAUGUUGUAAAUUCCUCAAGACUACAUAUGAGAUGUUUAUUUCAUUUUUCGUAAGUUUUCAAACUCUU